CUCUCCCAAGGACUGUGAACUGUUAGCUUGUCUGCUUGCUUCUCUGGAAAUGCAGCGGCUGUUGACUCCAGUGAGGCGGGUCUUGCAGGUGGGAAGAGUGAUGCAGGAGGCUUCCCUCACACCUGCUCGCCUGCUCCCAGCAGCCCACCAAAGGUUUUCCAGUCUCUCUGCCGUCCCCCUGGCCAAAACAGAUACUUGGCCAAAAGAUGUGGGCAUCCUUGCCAUGGAGGUCUACUUCCCAGCCCAAUACGUGGACCAGACUGACUUGGAGAAGUACAACAAUGUGGAGGCAGGGAAGUACACAGUGGGCUUGGGCCAAACUCAUAUGGGCUUUUGCUCAGUCCAGGAGGACAUCAACUCCCUCUGUCUGACAGUGGUACAGCGGCUGAUGGAGCGCACACAGCUCCCAUGGGAUGCUGUGGGCCGGCUGGAAGUGGGCACGGAGACCAUCAUUGACAAGUCCAAGGCUGUCAAGACAGUGCUCAUGGAACUCUUCCAGGAUUCUGGCAACACUGACAUUGAGGGCAUAGAUACCACCAAUGCAUGCUAUGGUGGCACUGCCUCCCUCUUCAAUGCUGCCAACUGGAUGGAGUCCAGCUACUGGGAUGGUCGCUAUGCACUGGUGGUCUGUGGAGACAUCGCCGUCUAUCCCAAUGGUAAUGCUCGCCCCACAGGUGGGGCUGGAGCUGUGGCAAUGCUGAUUGGGCCCAAGGCCCCUCUAGCCCUGGAGCAAGGGCUUAGGGGAACCCAUAUGGAGAAUGCAUAUGACUUCUACAAGCCGAAUUUGGCCUCAGAGUACCCGAUGGUGGACGGGAAACUGUCCAUCCAGUGCUACUUGAGGGCCUUGGAUCGAUGUUACACAUCAUACCGCCAGAAAAUCCAAAAACAGUGGAAGCAAGCUGGCAUCGACCGGCCUUUCACCCUGGAUGAUUUACAGUAUAUGAUCUUUCACACACCCUUUUGCAAGAUGGUCCAGAAAUCUCUGGCUCGCCUGAUGUUCAAUGACUUCCGAUCAUCCAGUGGUGACACCCAGGCUUUAUAUCAGGGGCUGGAGGCCUUUAGGGAGCUAAAGCUGGAAGACACCUACACCAACAAGGACCUGGACAAAGCACUUCUAAAGGCCUCUCUGGACACGUUCAACAAAAAAACCAAGGCCUCCCUUUACCUUUCCACACACAACGGGAACAUGUACACCUCGUCCCUAUACGGGUGCCUGGCCUCACUUCUGUCCCAUCACUCUGCUCAGGACUUGGCUGGCUCCAGGAUUGGUGCCUUCUCCUAUGGCUCUGGCUUAGCAGCAAGUUUUUUUUCAUUUCGAGUGUCCCAAGAUGCUUCUCCAGGUUCCCCACUAGACACACUGGUGAAUAGCAUAUCAGACCUGCCAAAACGCCUUGCCUCUCGGAAACGCAUGUCUCCCGAGGAAUUCACAGAAAUUAUGAACCAAAGAGAGCAAUUCUUCCACAAGGUAAAUUUCUCACCACCUGGAGAUACAAACAACCUUUUCCCAGGUACUUGGUACCUAGAGCGAGUGGAUGAAAUGCAUCGCCGAAAGUAUGCCCGGCGUCCCAUCUAAAGAAUCAUGGACUGGUUCCUGGGGAAAGUAUGCUGGCAGCGCUUCUGCCCACGAAUCAUAUAUUUCAAAUUCCACCCUUAGCUGGUAAAUAAAUCAGAAACGACACAGUAGCCCCCAUAAGCAUUGACCCUGUAGUGAGGGACCAUCCUUGGCAGGUUCUUCUACCUUGACUUCCUGCUGCAGUCACUAUCACAGGCUCAUGGUGCUAUGGACCUGGGCCCCUUUUUGAAAGAGGGAGAUGGAGGAAAGGGGAGGAGGCCUCUUCCUGAAUCCCCGGUCUCCAGAAAUGUGGCAGAUCAGUUGUCUCCUUCAAGAUCCAGAUCAAGCUCAUUUGUUACAGCUUUGUUAUUAUUAUUAUUAUUAAACCUCUGUGCUGUUAUAUUUUUGCUCAUUUCUUAAGGU